AUGUUAGAAAAUGAUAUAAUCGAAGAGUCAAAUAGUGAAUGGUCCAGUCCAAUAUUAUUAGUACCUAAGAAAAGUAGCAAAGGUAAUGAGAAAAAAUGGCGUUUGGUUGUAGAUUACAGAAAAUUGAACGAGGUUAUUUGUGACGACAAAUUUCCUCUACCAAAUAUUAAUGAAAUUUUAGAUACGCUUACUGGAGCCAUUUAUUUUACUCAUCUUGACCUUCACCAAGGUUACUAUCAGGUAAGUUUAGAGCCUAGUAGUCGUAAAUUAACAGCUUUCACUACAAAUACUGGUAAAUAUUGCAUGAAGCGUUUACCAAUGGGCUUAAAGAUCAGCCCUAAUGCCUUUAGUCGUAUGAUGUCUGUAGCGAUGUCUGGUUUAACUUACGAUAAAUGUUUAGUAUAUCAGGACGAUUUCAUUGUAUUUGGAAGAAAUCUGUCUUCCCAUAACAAAAAUUUAAUAACUGUCAUGGAGAGAUUGAGAAAAGUAAAUUUAAAACUAAAUCCUCAGAAAUGUGAAUUUUUAAAGAAAGAAAUUCUUUAUUUAGGACAUUUGGUUACAGAAAAAGGUGUUUUACCAGAUCCAGAAAAAACAAAAGUAUUACGAAAUUAUCCUACUCCCAAAAAUGUAGAUGAAGUAAAACGGUUUGUAGCAUUCUGCAACUAUUAUCGUAAAUUUAUAAGAAAUUUUUCGGAUAUCUAG